GAGUGCUUCGUGGCUUCGAUCCCUGGGUUAUGCUUGCUUCUAGGGGACUGAAAACAUGGCUCGUUGCCAGUGCAUACCGCAAUCUGGCUUGGUUAAGAGUCUUUUUAGCCGGCGGACUUGAAAGAGUGCAAAAUAGCAAAAUGCAGUGCAUCGCAAUGUUAAGCUACUAGUUUCAUGAGCUUCAAAAUUAAUGUUCUGUUCUCCGACUAAGACUUCGUAGUUGUACAUCUACUACGUCAACUUGCUUUAGUACUACCGAGCUCAGAAAUCUGACAACUUGAGGUCAUGGAAAUGUAUGGAGAAUAAUUGAGAACAUUUUCAUGAUGUGCAUCUACAACGUCAGAAAUUUCAAAUCUAAAUUCGAACUACACAUCCAGAAAGAUAAAACAAUCCUGCUGUCAGUAGUGUCUAUGGGCUAUUAUUCACCCAAUUUGGAUCAUACAUUAUUCACAGCAAGAUUCGUUCUUUUCGUUUAUCAAUGUGUCGGCCGAAUUUGGUUUUGAAUUUAUGUUAUUGCAGGUGCAUGCUGUGUCGAUGUUGAUAUUUUGUUAUUUUCAGAAAUUUUCAUGACCUUUAGAGGAUUUUUCUCUGCUUUGGAACACUGGGAGUACUCCAAUCCUGGGACUAGUCAAUACACCCCCCGUAUUUCCAGUACUGGCAUACAUUAUUAUUUUUCAGACAAUGUCAUUAUGGGACGCCAUGUAAGGAAGAGGUGAAUGCUGCUGAGAAGGGGAAGAGGCCUCACCAGGUCAUGCUCACCCGCCUGCUCGCUUUGGCAGCCCAUGCUUUGGCAGAGGCAGAGAGUAGGCCAGAACCCAAGGACUUAUGGAAAGAGCCAAUAAAUGCUACUCUGUGGAAACCUUGCUCUGACCAAAGGGAUCGGGAAGCAUCAGGCAAUGUCAGUUCAUCAGAGGGAGCCAAUGGUUACAUCAUCAUCAGUGCAAAUGGUGGAAUAAACCAGCAAAGGGUAGCGAUCUGUAAUGCCGUUACUAUAUCCCGGUUGCUCAACGCAACUCUUGUCAUUCCAAAGUUCUUGUACAGUAAUGUUUGGCUGGACAAAAGCCAGUUUCGAGAUAUAUAUCAGGAGGAUUAUUUUAUCAAAUAUUUGAAACCUGAUAUUCGGAUUGUGAAGGAGCUUCCUUUGGAGUUGCAAUCGCUAGACUUGGAGGCGAUCGGUAGCCUUGUUAAUGAUACGGAUGUCAUGAAAGAGGCAAAGCCAAGUAUAUAUGUUAAAAAGAUACUACCAAUUUUACUGAAGAACAGAGUUGUCCACUUUGUAGGAUUUGGCAACCGCUUAUCUUUUGACCCGAUACCUUUUCAACUUCAGAGAUUGCGAUGCAGAUGUAACUUUCAUGCUCUUCGUUUUGUACACAAAAUACAAGAAACGGGUGCAUUACUCGUAAAGAGAUUGCACGGCCACAUGCCCCAUUUGUCGCCUUUGCAAGAUAAUCUUUUAGGUCAUUUUGCUGGGAAAUCCAUCCACAGUGGGAACAGGAACGAGUCAUCCAAAUAUCUAGCAGUUCAUCUCAGAUUUGAGAUUGAUAUGGUUGCAUACUCAAUGUGUUACUUUGGUGGUGGGAAAGAUGAGGAAGAGGAAUUAGAGAUGUAUCGUCAAAUUCAUUUUCCCGCUCUGACAGAAAUCAAGAGGACAACAAAGUUGCCCUCUGCUGCUUUUUUGCGAUCGGAAGGGAAAUGCCCCCUUGCACCUGAAGAAGCUGUGCUUAUGCUCGCUGCUAUUGGUUUCAAGCGCGGCACUAGUAUAUACAUUGCAGGUGCUGAAAUUUAUGGAGGGAGGCAUAGGAUGGCUGCCAUAAGUCGUCUGUAUCCUGCUUUAGUAACUAAAGAAACACUUCUAUCCCCGUCGGAGCUUGAACCAUUCAGAAACUUCUCGUCACAGUUGGCAGCUCUGGACUUUAUUGCAUGUGCGUCAGCUGAUGCAUUUGCUAUGACUGACCCAGGCAGCCAGUUUUCUUCUCUUGUUCAAGGAUACCGCAUGUACUAUGGUGGUGGGGAUCUUCCCACGUUAAGACCAAAUAAGCGUCGACUAGCCAGCAUACUUGUGAAGAAUGCCACAAUAGAGUGGAAGGAAUUUGAAACUAGAGUAAACAAACUCAUACAACAAACUAAGCAGGUCCAUGAGAGACCAAUUGCUAGGAGCAUAUUCAGACAUCCGCGUUGUCCAGAGUGUAUGUGCAGAACAGAUAAUUGAGACAUUUUGGAAGUUUCUUGUGCCUGUAACGGUAUUAUGCGCCAGAGCUUGUUUUGGCUCUUUGACCGAUACCUCGACAUGAAGAACCACUGGAACCAACUUAGAGAUUGGGUGACAGAAUUCUCACUUUAAGCUGAACAACAACCGUGCAUUCUAAAUAUGGUUCCAGCACAGCUGUUUGGGAUCAAAUUCAAUUUACUGACAGCCCUGAUCAGCUUGACAUUGCGUUGGAUUUGGAUUGUUCGGUAGAUCAGGGACUAAAUUUUGCAUCUGAGCUAAGGUGUUGCUGCUUCCAUAUUUUUGAUAGGUCCUGGCUGGGAACAGCAUUGUUACCGCGAGUAUAUUAUCUGUAUCUGACCGAAGGAAAAACAACUAUACAUUAUUUCUGUUCAGAGUUCAGAGAAUCUAUCGUUUGUCAACUCAGGCUUCUGGCUUUCUGCGAUUGGAUUAUGCCAUAUCAAUUGUGGUUUCGUCCAUCAUUUGGUGAGUCAUGUUCUCAAGUGUCAACUUGCUGUACAUUUUGUUCCCAUUCCUUUUCAAUGGGUAAUGUUGUAGUAUACGAGCUGUACAUAUUGUAAGUUCGUACCAAAGGACAAAGUUUGCAAUGCUGCUAUUUUGUGUGUCUAUACAUUGUGUAUCACCAAAGUGCAGACUUGCAGUGUCAUGCUGCUGCUAUGAGGACGAUCUCCAUUCUCGUUUCGAAUUUCCUCAACCGAUGAUUUUGACAGAAAUACUAUUGAAAUUUCUUA